UUGCCAUGGAACCCGUUGCGGGCGGUGAUUGGCCGAGCGGGCGGGUGCCCCGGGGGCCGAUGGGAGCGCGGAGACGACGCUGCGAGUUUCAAAGCGGCAGCCCCAGGUAUUUACUGCCUCCAUGCUCAGCUCUCGGCCCAGGAGUAGGAGGAGGGUCGCCUGCUCCAGGCCUCCGUCCCCAACCAGCUCUGAGGAUGAGCUGCCUUUGAGCUCCUCCACUUACUCCUUGCUCUCCCCCACUUACCAUCAGAGCUUUCGGAGCUGCAGUGUGGAGGAGGAGGAUAGGGAUGAAGCGGCACUAUCAGCUAGGGGGCAAAGAACCUUCAAGAGGAAUAAACACAAUAGUAAUGCUGAAAGCUGUAAUGUAACAGAAAAGAAAAAGCAGUCACCUCCGACAGAUAAUCUUUCACCAUGGGAAGAAUGGUUCAUUUGCAAAGAGAGAGAGCUACGUGUUCGCUUACAAGCCAGAGCUUUAGAGGAAAUGAAUUUACAACUGGAGAAAAGAAAAGAGAAGCAGGAACUUGAAUGGAAAAAAAAGAUUGCUGAAGAGAAACACAAGGAAUGGGUGCAGAAAAAGAAUGAAGAGGAAAGAAGGGAAAAGGAACGAAAGCUCAUCAAAAAAAUGGCAGAAAAAGCAGCGAGAGAUCUAGAGAGAAUCCAGUUGCAGGAAAAAGCUAAAGGAAAGUAUAAAGAAUGGCUAAAGAAGAAAAGAGCUGAAGAGUCUGAGAAGAAGAAGAAAGAGGAGGAAAAGGAACAAAAACGGGUAGCUGAAUUACAGGAGAAAAAAGAGAAAUCAGAGAAGAUCUUUAGAGAGUGGCUACAGAAUGCCAGAAAUAAGCCCCGCCCAGUUUUACAUGGUUAUGGCUAUACCAAUGGGAAACUUUCAGGAUAUCCUGAAAGAAAUUCAUAUCCAGCUCCAGCCUAUUGUAACCCUAUUCCCUGGAAACCAAUUCAUGUGCCACCUCCUAAGGAAGACAAGAAUGUUACAGUGAAAAAAAAUAAGAGACCUAUAUCCAGUCAGUCAUAUAGGUCCUCAUCUAUGGUAAUCCAUAAACCCAAGAACAAUCUUUGUAUUGGAUCAUUGCACAGAAAACAAAGAUAACUUUUUUAUUAGCUUGAUUUAACUAGGUUUUAAAGUACAAAAGUUAUUUCUUGGUUAAGUGUUUCUUUAAAUGUUAAAAAAUAGAGUGUUGAAAGACAAAAUUUUAUCAUCUUUUAACAGUUGUGAUCGUUUAAUGUUAGCUAAGGAAUAUCUUUUCCAAAGACUUUUUAACUCAGUUACUUUAACACUUAGAAAAUUAUCUUUUAAAAAUAUGUGAACCAGUUUUUUUAGUCACUUAAGUGACCUUUAUGUUUGUUUAAAAUUUUUUUAUAUGUAACCAGUUAUAUUGCAAC